CUGUCUGACUUCCCUGCUGAAAGUUAGUUACAGUCGUCACGGCAGCGCCCGUUCGCUUUCCCUCAGUUUUCUACUUCUUUUCUGUUCGACAUGUCAACUCCAGCUGCAGAAGGCUCCGGACCUUCCGGCAUGGCGGGGAAUAAUCGCCGGCUACAGCAGACGCAGGCCCAGGUGGACGAGGUGGUGGACAUCAUGCGAGUCAAUGUUGACAAGGUCCUGGAAAGGGACCAAAAGCUGUCAGAGCUGGAUGACAGAGCCGAUGCACUGCAAGCUGGAGCCUCCCAGUUUGAGACCAGUGCUGCCAAAUUGAAGAGGAAGUACUGGUGGAAAAACUGUAAGAUGUGGGCCAUUUUGAUAGCAGUAGUUUUGAUUAUAAUCAUCAUCAUCAUCAUUUGGAGUGUGUCAUAAAGAUCAUCACAGGAAUGAACUUUGGUGGCAGAUGAUGAAGAGGGGACGGAGGAACUGACUUCCAGCACUAAAUUGUUCUAACCUGCUGAGUUCCAGAGUGUUUUUGUAAGAUAUACCGAGCACGUUUGUUUUUAUUUUGAUUUUAGUGGUUAUUAUUUCAAUGUUACCAGCCUGUAAAAAGCAAGUGUGUGUAACAUUUUUCCUGCACAUCCGGCAUGCCAACAAGGGCCAUACAUUUACACUUUCACCAUUUUGCUUUAAAGAAUGAACAUUCUCAAGUGUAUUCUUGAGGUGUUUGUCAAGGUCUGCAGUGUUUCUUUUAUGACUGAAAAAGAGGGGGGAAAAAAACCAUCCCUACACACUCUUCAGUCCCUUCUACGUGUUGAACAGAAAUCUGCAAAAAAAAAAAGCCAUACCUAAGAUCCUUUUGAGAACUCUAAAGUGUCAAGAUAAAACAUAUCACAACUACAGAAGACUGAUGUGAAACUGAAAUCAGGGAGUAAAGUCAGAAGUUUCUGGUGUUUUAUAUUGGAUGUUCUGUGACAAACACCUUCAGGGUCCAUUCAAACUUGCAUAAAUGUAAAUUUUGAAUUUUUUGCCAAAUGGUGGCCUUACAGAUAUCUGGAACUUUGUCUGUUGAUACUUAUUUGAAGAGUGCCAAACUUACUUGUCUUUACUGAAUUUUUUUGCUGCGAUUUUAGUCCUCCUUAGAAUGCUUGUAUAUUAAGAUCAAGUGCCAUUAGUAAACUUUGCCUUAACUGUUGAUAUGAUUGCUUAAUUAUUCCUUAAUAAAAUGAAAUUCACAAUU